AUGGAAGUACUCGUGGAUACAGGUGCAACCAACAGCAUUAUCCAGCAAGCAUCUCUUUCUAAAAUACAACAUCAACAAUUUUAUCCGGUACAACAACAAUUUUUUUUGGCAAAUAAAACAUCAAUCUCUAUUAUUGGAUAUGUAACUUUGGAAAUAAAAAUUCAACAUAUUCGAACAUAUGUAACAGCAGUAGUUACAAAAACUUUAUGUUGUGACGUUAUAUUAGGUGAAGAUUGGAUCAAGUAUUAUCAAGUAACAAUAAAUCGUUUUAAAGAUCGAAUUGAAAUUUUAGGAAAUAAGGCUGUAGUACCUUUACGAGCAUCAUCCAGUAACCAGUUAUUUGAUGUUAAAAAUUUACAAGAACAUAUUCUCGUGAAUCAAUCGGUUCCAUCAUCAUCUAUUAUUAAGGAUAAUAAAAAUUAUUGUAUGGAUUACGAUAAUCUAUAUUACAAAAAUUAUCGUGUUCAUCCUGGUAAUCAAUAUUGUAAAAAUUAUCAUAUUAAUCAUGAUAAUCGAUAUUAUAAAAGUCAUAAAUCUAUACCAAAUCAACAUGUCCCUAAAAUACUACCGUGUGUUAACCCAAUUAAUAAUUCAACGACAAGGAAGGUUCAUAAUACUCGAUUAAGAGCCAGUAAAUUAAAAGAAAAACCUUCAUCUUCAUCAUCAAAUAUAAAUGAGGCUGCAAUUUCAGCUUCAUCAGUACGUACAAGCAUUAAUUCAACAUCAUCACCAUCAAACAUUUUAGGUAAAGUUCCUUCCGUAUAUAAUGGAUUUAGCAUAAGAAAAUUAAAGGAAGAACAAAUGAAGGACUUCGAAAUUCAAGAAAAAAUAAAGUAUCUAGUUAAUAAUGAAGCUUAUGACAUUAUUGAUGGUAUUAUUUAUAAAUUGGUUCCACGUGGUAAAACAAAAAUUAAGCUGCCGUGGAUCCCGAAAUCGAUGAUCAACCAAGUGCUUCUUCUUCAUCAAGAUCAUCAUACGACAGUACAUCUAGGAACUAAUAAAACAUCACACAAAUUGAUGAACAAGUAUUACUGGCCGAAUAUGUAUAAUACAAUAACUAAUUAUAUGCAAGCUGAUAGGAAACCAAACCAAUAUUACGACCAGGUGAAACAAGCAAGAAAAUUAAUUCUCAAUGAUGCCGAGUUAAAUAUUGAACAUCAAACUAAAUCAGCAAAGAGUCUAUACGAUCAAAAUCGUCCUGAUCUGAAAUAUAUUAAAGAUGAUUUAGUUUUGGUACGAGUUAUUAAUAGAACAUCGAAAUUUCAAAACAAAUAUGAAGGUUCAUAUCGAAUUAUAGAGCAAAAAGGUCCGUCAACAUUUAUUAUCAAAAUCGAAGAUCCAGAUAGUGAUCAUAAUCCAAAUUAUACAAAACAAAUGACAAUAUCUGAUAUGAAACCUAUAUUUAUUCGUGAACAGUGUGAAUAA